AUGAAGGAGCUCGAACACAUCAAGGCGUCCCUCCGCCUGCGAAACGUCGAGCAGCCGUCCGCGCGCACCCUCCACCGCCCGCACGACGCGUCGCUGCUGGUCACCUCCAACCUGCCGGAGAUAGACUGGGGCUCUCUCUCGCCCGCCGGCUCUGCGGGCGCCGCCGGGCCGAGCGACAGCCGGUUUGGGGCGGAGGCGGCGGAGUGGCUGGCGCGGAGCGGCAGCGGGGCAGCCGCGGGGCCGAGCGGCCGCGGCGGCGCGGGCGGGUAUGGCGCGGAGGCAGGGGUGGGAAUCUAUGGGGCGGCGCUGGGCCCCGCGGCGGCGGCUGCGGCGAGCUGGGGCUCUGCAGGCUCGAGCAGCGGCAGCUUCUCUAACAGCGGCAGCUUCACAGCUCCUGGCGGGGGCUACCAGUCAGCCUAUGUGCCGGCCAGCCAACAAGCGCUCGACAAGCACUCGCUGUUUGCGCCGCGGACGCUGUCAGGGCGCUCGGCGGCGGCCGCCGCGCCGCCUGUGCGGCCGCGGUACCCCGGGUUUGAUGCGACGCCAGCGGCAGUCGACCUCCUUUGGGCCCCGCAGCAGCAGCAGCAGCAGCAGCAGCAGCAGCAGCAGCAGCAGCAGCAGCAGGAUGCCUCGUCGGAGCCGUCUGCACCGCCUGAGGGCGCCCUCGCGUCGCUGUCCCUCGCGGACCGCCGCGCGGGCGGCGCGGCGGCGGGCAGCCUGCUGGACGCGCCCAUGGCGCCGCACCCCUCGGCGGGCCCCAGCUUGGGUCCGCAGGAGCUGGAGGUAUUGAGCAUGGACGCGGGGCUCGGUCACCCAGGGGGCACGUGCGCGCAGGGGCCGGGUCAGCAGCAGCAGCAGCAGCAGCUAGCGGUGCAGCAGGGGGGCGUUCGGCCGCUGGAGAAGCGGCAGGAGAUGCGGGACGUCCACAUCAGCGUGGCGCUGAUGAACGACUUCCUGCACUACGCCAGCAGCAACACGCGGAGGGGUAUCGAGUCGUGCGGCAUCCUGGCGGGCACACUGUCUGCGGGCGACAGCGUGUUCCGCGUGACCACGCUUAUUAUCCCCAAGCAGGAGGGCACCAGCGACACGGUGUCCGCGCUCAACGAGGAGGAGAUAUACGAGGCACAGUUCAGCAGGUGGGCGGUGACGUCACUGUGA